AUGUCUGACGAUGAUGAUUUCAUGCAAGAUUCUGACCAGGAGGAAUAUGACUUCGAGUACGAAGAAAACGACGAUGAAGAGGAUGCCGAUGUUAAUAUCGAGAACAAAUACUAUAAUGCCAAACAGAUGAAAUCUGGAGAUCCCGAAGGCGCCAUUGAGGAGUUUCUAGGAGUUCCAGCUCUCGAGCAAGAGAAAGGUGAUUGGGGAUUUAAAGGUUUAAAACAAGCUAUAAAGCUAGAGUUUAAGCUCGGUUUAUAUGACAAGGCUGUCGAGCAUUAUCGCGAACUUCUGACCUAUGUCAAAUCCGCAGUAACCCGAAACUACUCGGAAAAAUCCAUCAACAACAUCCUCGACUUUAUCGAGAAAGGGUCUGAAGAUGAUGCAGCUAGAAAAUGUAUGGAGGAGUUCUAUUCAAACACUCUACAAUCUUUUCAGAGUACCAACAACGAACGAUUGUGGCUGAAAACCAAUAUCAAGCUGGCGAAACUCUGCCUCGACCGGAAGGAUUACGCUGCAACAACAAAGAAGUUACGAGAGCUUCGCAAGGCGUGUGAACUAGAAGAUGGUACAGAUGACCCAAGCAAGGGCACCUACUCAUUGGAGAUCUACGCUUGCGAGAUUCAAAUGCAUUCUGAGACGAAGAACAAUAAGCAGUUGAAGCGUUUAUACGAACGAGCUUUGAAGGUUAAAUCAGCAGUACCACAUCCAAGGAUCAUGGGCAUCAUUCGAGAAUGUGGUGGGAAAAUGCACAUGACUGAGGAGAAUUGGAAGGAUGCUCAAAGUGAUUUCUUUCAAUCAUUCAAAGAUUAUGACGAAGCUGGGUCCCUACAACGAAUCCAAGUUCUCAAGUAUCUCGUUUUAACAACCAUGUUGAUGAAAUCCGAUAUCAAUCCCUUCGAAUCUCAAGAAACGAAACCAUAUAAAAAUGAUCCUCGCAUCGCCGCAAUGACCGAUCUCGUCGAUGCAUACCAAAGAGACGAUAUUCACAGAUAUGAAGACGUCCUAAAGAGAAACAAAGAUCUCAUGUCCGACACCUUUAUCCGCGAAAACAUUGACGAAGUCACUCGAAACAUGAGAACCAAAGCAGUCGUCAAACUCAUCGCCCCCUACACCCACUUCAAACUUGACUUCAUUGGCAAGGCCCUCCAGAUCCCCGUCUCGGAAGUUCAAGACAUCUUAGGUUUUUUGAUCGUCGACAAAAAGGUCAAUGGCAAAAUCAACCAACAAGAUGGAACGGUCGAAAUUGAGGAUAACAGUGAUGGGGAACGUCUAAAAGCAAUGCAUGAAUGGACUACAGCUAUAGGCUCGCUGUAUGAGACAAUUUUCAAGGAGAGUGAGGGCUUUAGGAUGAAUGAUGUUAAUCAAAUUGGGGAUGUGGAUAAGGAUCUGGCUUCGAUGGGGGAUUAUAUGGGAGUUGGGAAUAGGGUUCACUUGAGGUAUGCUGCACAGAAAGGGGGAAGACAUUCAUUGGCUGGGAAGGUAAAGAAAGGAAUGUUUUAA